GCAUCAUCACAGCGACUCUGGUGCCGAACUGGGUCCAGUUGAAGUGAGACCUGUCCCAGUUCCGGAUGGUUCUGCGACCGAGUGUGGACUCAGCGGCUGUAGGAGGUUCGGUUCGGUUCAGUCGGAAGGCCAAAAGGUUCUGGUCGGUCCGGUGACUCUGCGUGCCGCCCGGAUCCAGGACGACCAUGUUGGACAACGUACCUGUAGUGUCGUCGGCGGAGCGCCAGCAGGUUCUGGCUGCUCUGGACCGGCUCCAGAACCGGCUGGUCCAGAGGGAGGAGUGGAGCCUGAGCGCUGCGCUGGGCAGCCUGAAGGGGGCGCUGCAGAGCCCGCUGUUCAGCCGCGUCCUGACGCUGCAGCACUCCGUCCGCCAGCUGCAGCAGCAGAUCGACAGCUUGCCUUCUGACGCUCGCAGUGACUUCAGUUUCUCCAGACGUGGUCAGCUGAUCAUGAGCGCCGCCCCCUCCUCCGUCCUGACCAAUGGCUCGUCGCCUCUCUCCCUUCAGGCUCCGCCCACGACGGACCGCCUUCAGCAGUGGAUCCAGGAAGCGGCGAAGGGCCGCCGGAUCGAGCUGAUUGUUCUGACCCGGCCCGCUUCAGGGGGCCUGGGGAUCAGCGUUGUCGGGCUGAACCCGGCAGGAAGCGCCGGCCACGGCGUGUUCGUCAAACACAUCCAGCCGGGAGGAAUCGCCGACCGGGACGGGCGUCUUCAGGAGCAGGACCAGAUCCUGGUGAUCAACGGCAGUCCUCUGGAACCGGGCCGGAACCACCAGGCGGUCCUGAGCUUGCUGCAGCAGCCGGGCGAGACCGUGGAGCUAGUGGUGGCCCGGGACCGGGCCGCAUCAGGAGGUCGAGCUGAAUGGCCGGUCGGCACGGACCUCUGGGAUCAUGUGGAGGAGAUCCAGCUCUCCAACGAUGGAUCCGGUUUGGGCUUUGGGAUUGUCGGCGGGAAGACGAGCGGAGUGGUGGUCCGAACUCUGAUCCCCGGCAGCGUAGCCGACAGGGACGGGCGCCUCCGCACAGGUGACCACAUCCUCCGCAUCGGGUCGACGCCCACCAGCGGCCUCACCAGCGACCAGGUCGUCAAGGUUCUGCAGGCCUGCGGCGGUCAUGUGACCAUGCUGAUCGCCAGGGACCCCCGAGGACAGGCGACCGCCGUCCUGGCUGCGCCCGCGCCUCCUGACUCCACCCCCUGUGUUAAUGGACCUCCUCCACUUCCUGACUCCGCCCCCAUUACGUCCUUACCUCUAGGUUCUCCCGUAGCUCCGCCGCAGCACCGGCCCAACAAAACGCCCAACCUGGAGGGAUACGAGAUCCAUGAAGUUCCCCUCACCAAGGAGGACGGCCAGAGCCUCGGCAUCUCCAUCGUCGGCUUCAAUCCAAUGACCAGCCAAGAUGCAGUGGGUGUGUUUGUCAAACACGUGGUUCCUGGCAGCGCCGCGGACCAGAGCGGAAACAUCCGGGUCCAUGACCGCCUCCUCGCUCUGGACGACGUCAGUCUCCAUGGAAUGACCAACCAGGAGGUUCUGGAGGUGAUGAAGCAGACGGGUCAGACUGUGGUUCUGACUCUGGUCCGGAAGAAAGCCCGAGGCCCGGAAAGAUCCCUGGAUAAAGUGGAGCGGGCCUCGACCAGGGGGUCUCAGAGGAGGAACCUGGAGGUCAAAGGUCGUUCGUCAGCAUCUGGAUCCAUCAUGAUGAUGAAACAGGAAGUGACAAAUCCCAACGUGGCCCGACUGACCAGAGCGUCUGAUGCAGAACUGCUGGCCAAGUGGGAGGCGGCUCUGGGCCCUCAGUACCUCGUCCUGGUGGUGAACCUGGAUCCUGUGAUCCAAGACGAUGCGGAGCUGCAGAAAUCCUCCAAGCUGCUGCCCAUCCACAUCCUGCGUCUGGGCGUGGAGCUGGACUCCUUCGACGGCCACCACUACAUCUCCUCUGUGGCCCCCGGGGGCCCCGUGGACCGACACGGCGUGCUGAGGCCUGAGGAUGAACUGCUGGAGGUCAACGGCGUCCAGCUGUAUGGGAAGUCGCGGCGGGAAGCCGUGUCCUUCCUCAAAGAGGUUCCCCCUCCGUUCACUCUGGUUUGCUGUCGACUCCUGAUCCCAGACCAGGAACCGGAACCGGAACUGGAACCAGAACCGUCGGGUCCACCACAGCCAGCAGCAGAACACCGGAGCAUCGAAGAGAUGGAGAUGAAGCUGUCGUCGAUGCUGCGCAGAGAAGAAGAGGAGGAGCAGCAGCAGGGUUCUCCUGUGGAGGAGCCGACGAGGAGCGAGGACUCCAGCCUGGAGGAAGAGGAGGAUGAAGGCGAGCUGGCUCUGUGGGGCCCGGAGGUCAGCGAGGUGGAGCUGCAGAAGGAGCCGGACCGAGGCCUGGGCUUCAGCCUGCUGGACUACCAGGACCCGUUGGAUCCUGGUCGCUGUGUGAUGGUGAUCCGCUCUCUGGUUCCUGGUGGCGCCGCGGAGCGUCAUGGAGGUCUGCUUCCUGGAGACCAGCUGGUAUCGGUUAAUCACACCCAACUGGACCAUCUCACCCUGACCGAGGCAGUGGAGGUGCUGAAGUCGGUACCACCUGGUACCGUCCGCCUGGGAGUCUGCAAACCCCUGGUGGAAGCAGCCGAUCCCAGCCGAGAGAACAUGAUCCAGGAUUCUGCUGGAGGCGACCCGCUUCAAGAGGGUCCCAGUGAAAACUCGGAGCUUCCAGAUGAUAUCUGUCAGGAGGAAACGGAGCUGAUCCUGGACGGAGGUCUGCCUCGCUACGCCUCAUCUCUGACCUCUGACCUCCUGCCAGCGGAGGAGGGCCUGGAGAUGGCUGUGGAUGAGGAAGAGGAUGAAGAGGAGAGGAGCUCACUGCCCAGGAAGCCUCCUCCAUCCUGGGAGGACUGGAAGCUGUGGUCUGCUGGCCGAGCAGGAGGUCCACAGGAGCUCCAGGUGAGGAGAGACUCUCAGGAUGACGAGGAGCUGCAGAAGUCCGACCUGGAGAGCAUCUCAUCUGUUGGGAAACUGAUCCUGGGUCUGCCCGACUCCAGGGACGGUGAAGCCGAGUCCGAUCUCACUCUGACCGACACCGACACCGAGUCCGUCAGGAUGGUCGCCGCCGGCAGCAGGAAGAGGCGGAGCCAAGGCCGCAGGAACCUGCCUGAAAGGGAGGAGGGGGAGGGGGAGGAGACGCCCGCCUUCAGCCACUGGGGGGCGCCACGCAGGGUGGAGGUGUGGCCAGAGGACGGCCAGUCUCUGGGCCUCAGCAUCGUGGGCGGCCGCCACGUCAUCAAGCGUCUGAAGAACGGCGAGGAGCUGAAGGGAAUCUUCAUCAAGCAGGUUCUGGCUGGCAGCCCGGCCGCCCAGACCCGCUGCCUGAAGACCGGAGACAAGAUCCUGGAGGUGUCCGGUGUGGACCUGCGAGCAGCGAGUCAUGAGGAGGCGGUGAGCGUCAUCAAAUCCGCUCCGAGUCCGGUUGUCUUCAUCGUCCAGAGCCUAUCGGCGACGCCGCGGCCGGUGUCGCUAACAGCUUCCAGCUACAGCAAACACAAAGCCAAGCGGACCGAUCCUCUGGUACCUGAGGCAGUCCUGCCCCCCCUCAGAGAGCCCCCACCCUACAGGCCUCCCAGCCAAUCAGAGCAGGAGCUGACUGCUCACCUGCAGAAGGUCAAAGAGCGCUGCUGUGAGCGUUAUGGCGACCUGCAGGGGGAGCUGCUGUGUGUGGACCUGGAGAAGGACCGGCAGGGUUUGGGUCUCAGCCUGGCGGGAAACCGGGACCGGUCCCGGCUGAGUAUCUUCGUGGUGGGCCUCCAUCCCGGCGGGCCGGCCUCCAGAGAUGGACGGAUCCACGUGGGAGACGAGCUGCUGGAGGUGAGGAGGUGCCAACCAGCGGCUUCUGCCUCACCUGAAAUCACCUGUAUCAACAACCAGAUACUGUAUGGGCGGAGCCACCAGAACGCGUCAGCCAUCAUUAAGACCGCCGCCGCCAAGGUGAAGCUCAUCCUGCUCAGAAACGAUGACGCUUUAAACCAGAUGGCUGUUUCUCCUUUAACGGCUCCUCCUGCUGCUCCUCCUGCUGCUCCGCCCACCGCUCCGCCCACCGCCCCGCCCACCGCCGCCCCGCCCACCCUCACCUUGGUUGGCCUGGAGGUCGGAAGCUCCGCCCCCUCUGAGCGGCUCUGUCCCUCACCUGACCCGUCCGUCAGAACCGACCCAUGUUCUGCUGAACAGGACCAGAACCCGACCAACGGGUUUGUUCGGAGUGACGGCGCCCCCGAGAGGCCAGAGGUGGAGACGCAGAGGACGGUCCGGAGAAGCUCCGCCUCCUUCGCCCACUCCCAGAGGCUCAGCGACGCCACAGAUAGCGAUCCGCAGGCUGCCAGGGCGCCGCCGGAGCUCCAGGUCCAGUCCAGCAGCUCCAGCCGACAGUCGGCAGAUUCUCCUCCUCUGGUCGGCUCCGAGGUCCAGUCCGGUAGCCGAGGUACCAUCCACGGUUCUGGGUCGCCCGCGUCGGACCCGUCUGACUGCGUCGUGGUUCCGGGUCAAGAAACGGUUCUGGAGAUCUGCAAGGGUCGGUCCGGACUGGGGCUCAGCAUCGUGGGAGGAACAGACACCCAGCUGAACGCCAUCGUGAUCCAUGAGGUGUACGAGGAAGGAGCGGCGGCCCGGGACGGACGGCUCUGGGCCGGAGACCAGAUCCUGGAGGUGAACGGCGUGGAUCUGCGCGGGGCGUCCCAUGAGGAGGCCAUCGCCGCCCUGCGUCAGACGCCGGCGAAGGUCCGGCUGACUGUUCUGAGGGACGAGGCCCGGUUCCGGGACGAGGAGAACCUGGACCGGUUCCGGGUGGAGCUGCAGAAGAAGACCGGCAGAGGACUGGGCUUCAGCAUCGCCGGCAAGAGGAGCGGCAGCGGCGUUUUCAUCUCGGAGGUGGUCAGAGGGGGCGCCGCUGAGCUGGAUGGACGGCUGAUGCAGGGAGACCAGAUCCUGUCGGUGGACGGAGAGGACACGAGACGGGCGUCCCAGGAGGGCGUGGCCGCCAUGCUGAAGUGUGCCCGUGGACCCGUCCAGCUGGAGCUUGGCCGCCUCAAAGCCGCUUCCUGGAUGUGCUCCAGACUGACCACCGGGGGGAGCCAGAUGAGCAACAUCAGCAGCUCAGGUGUUGAGGCUCCGCCCCCACCACCUGCCUCACCCGACCCCCAGAUGACCCCUGAGCCAAUCAGUGCCAAGACCAGUAGCGACAUCACUUCCUGCUCCGAGAGCAGCUCAGGCGUCCGGACGGUGCAGAUCACCAGGGGCAGUGGCGACUCCCUGGGGGUGAGCGUGGCGGGGGGGCAGGGCAGCCCGCUGGGGGACGUCCCCGUCUUCAUCGCCAUGAUUCGGGCCAACGGCGUCGCCGCCAAGACGCACCAGCUGAAGGUGGGGGACCGGAUCGUCAGCGUGGGGGGGCAGCCGGUGGACGGUCUGUCCCACAGCGAGGUGGUGGCCAUGCUGAAGAACAGCUACGGAGACGUCCACCUGCAGGUGGUGGCCGACACCAACAUCGGCGCCAUCGCUUCUCAGGUGGAGAAUCUGAGCGGCAGCUGCAGCCUGACGGCGCGCAGCGACACACACACACCGUCUGAGUCAGAUGGUCCUCGGUCCCGCAGCAUCACUCUGGAGAAAGGCUGUGAGGGUUUGGGCUUCAGCAUCGUCGGCGGUUUCGGCAGUCCGCACGGAGACCUUCCCAUCUACGUCAAGACCGUCUUCAGUAAGGGCGCGGCGGCGGUGGACGGGCGUCUGAAGCGCGGCGAUCAGAUUCUGUCGGUGAACGGCGAGAGUCUGCAGGCAGUGACCCAUGAGCAAGCAGUGACCAUCCUGAAGAAGCAGACGGGGACGGUCACCCUGGAAGUCCUGACCUGACCUGGAAGUCCUGACCUGACCCGGACGUCCUGACCUGACCCGGACGUCCUGCUCUGACCUGGACGUCCUGACCUGACCUGACCUGAUCAGGACGUCCUGCUCUGACCUGGACGUCCUGACCUGACCUGACCCGGACGUCCUGACCUGACCUGGACGUCCUGACCUGACCCGGACGUCCUGCUCUGACCUGGACGUCCUGACCUGACCUGACCCGGACGUCCUGACCUGACCUGGACGUCCUGACCUGACCCGGACGUCCUGCUCUGACCUGGACGUCCUGACCUGUCCUGACCUGAUCAGGACGUCCUGCUCUGACCUGGACGUCCUGACCUGUCCUGACCCGGACGUCCUGUCCUGACCUGGACGUCCUGACCUGUCCUGACCCGGACAUCCGGGUCAGCCGCCGCUCUGUUUCCGCCCCCCGUCAGGCGCCUCCCCAGCUGCCACAUGCGCUCUUUCCUCUGCAGCUUCUCAGUGGAACAACUUCCUGUCUGGUUCUGGACCCGGAGCGGCGCCUGGACCGGCCCACAGUGAACCGCAGCAGCAGCAGCAGUCUGCCACCUGGUGGUCAGAGUGGGGACUGCAGCCUGUCCUCCUGCAGGUUCGCUUCGUUUCCAUCGGAUCGGACCCGGGUCAGCCGGUCCGAUCAUGAGAACGGAUUAACCAUGUCUCCGUGGAGACGCCUCUCAUUCCUCGGGUCGAACCUUUCUCCUGAGGUUCUGGUUCUGUCCGGAUCAUUCCCAGCAUGUUUCAGACUUCCCCAGUGUUCCCAGUGUUCCCAGUGUUGAUGCAUGCAGCAGCGUGACGCUAGCACCACAGCUAAGCACGGAGCCGUCUGAUUGGUCGGCAACAAUGAUGUCACACCAGGUUGCAGAAAAGCCUCAAAAGUUCUGGAAAGCCAAGAAGAGGUUGUUUUGGGUUCUGGUUCCUGUCCCGGUUCUGGUUCUGCGGAUCCGGCUGGCUUCCUGCCGUCUGGAGACUCAAACGUUUCGGUUUCGGUUCUGGUUCUGUUCCGGGUCCAAAGUGCCGUUCAUCAAUCCAUUACUUUAUCUCAUGCAGUCGAUAUAUUUCUAGGAUUCCUCUGAGCGUUUUUGUUUGUCCGUCUCCAUGGAGACGGCUCUCAGGAUGUUGUUGGCAUGGUGCCCGUUGCCUUGACAACAGAUGCAGUGUCUUCCAGGUCCAUAUUAAAGCUGCAGACUGACGUUCCUCAUGAUCCCAAAAUAAAUUUCCAAACCCAGAGAAGCAGAUCUGGAGAAACUCAAAACUCCCUGAAGGUUUUCCUGGAUGUGAAACUUCCCAGAACACCAGCCCAGUUUUCCGGUAAACAUUCAGGCGUAGCUGGAAUAUUCUUGGCCGUUUUCCCAGCUGAGCAGAGACGGGAUGGUGGUCAAACUUUCCAGAGCAGCUUGAAGUUUUCCUCUGAGAAACUGAAUCUCCUGAACCGCCUGCAGCCUUUAUUUCAUUCUGCUGAACUUUUCCUGGAAAAAUCAUCUCCACAUUUUAAAGCUGCCUCAGUCUGUAGAAAUGUUUUUAUCAUGCCUGCAGCUAAAUGCGACUCAUUUGGAGUUUAGAGCUGAUCUGCUUUAAAACCUGGAUGCUUGUGCAACUGAUUUGUGCUAACGUGUUAGCUUUGUCCGUAAUAAACUAAACCAAGCUAAGGCAGACUUUUACAAGAUGUUGUUAGCUCAGUUAGCAAGGCUAGCUGUGUUAGCUCUUGGUUCUACAAAUAUGCUCAAUUUUAUAGUUUAGCAUAAUUUCAUCUCCACUCAAACUCAAUCAGUGACGUAAAGGUUUCUAAUUUAAUGUUCACAAAACAUUUAAAGAGCAUCGUUAAAUAUUUCACAAGAUUCAAAUUUAGCUUCGUAGCUAAACUGGCCAAACUAACAUUUUACUGUUAAUCUGAAACACUGAAAUUGUAGUUAUGGAUUUUGAAUUGCUUAGGAAGAUUUAUUAAAAUGUUUAGCAUUCUUUAGAAGCUAAAGCUAACCUGUUGUUAGCAUAACAGUAGAGAGCUAAAGGGAAAACAGUCUGCAGAAAUGUACAUAUCAAGUCAUGUGCACAAAUAUUGAGUCUUCAUUUAUUUGUUGUUUCCACUGGAAAUAAUCAGAUUUCUGUGUUUUUGUUCCACUUUGUGCCGCAUCCCAUCAGAACCUGAAACGGGUCCGUUUUAGUUUCAUGUCACGUUGUCAAAUGAUUCUGGAAAAUGUUUAUGAUUUAUGGUGAGAUUUAAAUGAUGAUUAGUUGGAAAAUGAAUAAAGCUGAAUAAAAUGAGA